AGAUCACGUUGAUCGGUCCUUCACACCGUCUGGCCGUGGGCAUCUCUGGUGCCGCUGCAUGGAGCCAGAGAGCAUGGAUUUUGGUAGCAAGGGGUCCGCAGCGCACCCGCUGUGCUGAUUGUGGGUCUAGGCGGGGCUGCGUCCGCAGGAAUGGAGCGGCGUCUGCCCCGCCAAAACCCCAAAUCCAACAGGGGAAGCCCAGAAAGAUUGAAGCCACAGGGAACGGCUCGGAAUUCUGCAGACCGACAAACGGCCGCAGCCAUGGGCAAGCCAAAGCGUGCCGUGUUUGCCGCCGCGCAGGAGACGACAUCGCCUCCUGACGAGCUCACCGAUACCCAGUUCAUCGCCCGAGCCAUCAAGGGCGAGGGUAACCACGUCUACACGUGCGAGCUGCCCAACGGAAAGCCCGUCGUUGUCGAGCUCGAGCCCAAAUUCCGGAAUACCGUCUUCAUCAGGCGAGGCGGCUAUGUGCUCGUCGAUCUAGCCUCCGCCGAGGAGCGGUCGCGGAGCAGCAGGGUGGUCGGCGAGAUCAUCAAUAUCGUGCGCGACGAAAAGGAGUGGCGGAAGCAGCCGUACUGGCCGAAAAACUUCACUAAGAACACCUUCGAUGACGAAGAGGAGGACUCAACAGUGGGCAGGAUGCCACCCAGCGACUCGGAAGAGGAGGAGGGAUCAUGAUCGGGGUCCACAAUGAUUC